GACCCCCAUGCCACUAUCAAAGAACUUGUUAACCUUGUCAGCAUCUUCCAAGAUGUUAUUACCAAUAUACUUACUAAGGAAUUGGGCAUGGUGAAAAUGUGUGCAAAAUGGAUUCCACAUAUCCUUACUGAUGAACAAAAAAAAAAACAG